AGGGACCGGGAGGUCUCAGGAACUCGGGAGCGGAAAAGGUCACGGUGGCAUGGGGUCACGUGGUCCGGUGGUCACGUGGAGCCAGCGCCUUACGCUCGGCGGCGUCUGGAGUUCUGUGCGCCUGCGCACUGUCUGGCGCAGGGAGGGGCGCGAGGUCCGGGUUGAUCCUGGCUGUCGGCCUCGCGACACUUGGCUGCGGCGGGGUCGCGGAAAUUUGUACCCUUGGCCGGUCCCUCUUCUUUUCCGGCGGAGAGGUUAGUGCACUGCCUUGUUCUGGGAGCUUGCACGGUCCCGGCAUAACGCUCCCCGCCUUUGCUUCCCGCCGACCUGAACCUCUAGCGUCACAGGUUUCACCGCUUGGGAUGUGGUAAUGCCAGCCGGACUUCUCAGAGCCCUGGCCGGAUCUCACUGCAUUUUAUCAAAAACAUGUCAGUGCCAAAGACGUCAUCGAACAUUGAAACCACUUAAGGAAUUUGAGACAACAUGCAGCUCCCUCACCGAAAGUCAGAGCUUGGAUAUGUUCUUUCCUGAUACUGCGGCUGGUGGUUUGAAUAAGUCCCGGAUACUGGAAAUGAACCAGAAAAUAGCCGGUACAAGCGUCCUUUCUCCAUUAAAUGCUGCACUUCCAACCGGGAGCUUCUUUGGGACUCACCAGAAAGUGACUCACAGACCAAAUCUGUUAGGUUCUAAGAGGUUUGUAAAGAUAUUAGGGAGACAUUCCUCUUCUGUAUCAACGGAAACAUUUCCCAAACAAGACUUUCCAAAAAUCAAGAGACCACUGAAAGCAUCGAGGACCAGGCAGCCGUCCAGGACCAACCUUCCAGUUCUGUCUGUGAACGAGGACCUGAUGCACUGCACUGCGUUUGCAACUGCAGAUGAAUAUCAUCUUGGAAAUCUCUCUCAAGAUCUGGCCGCCCAUGGAUAUGUGGAAGUAACAAGCUUGCCUAGAGAUGCAGCCAAUAUCUUGGUGAUGGGUGUGGAAAAUUCUGCAAAAGAAGGUGAUCCCGGAACAAUAUUCUUCUUCAGGGAAGGAGCUGCUGUGUUCUGGAAUGUGAAAGACAAAACUAUGAAGCAUGUGAUGCAAAUUCUAGAAAAGCAUGAAAUUCAGCCCUACGAAGUGGCACUGGUACACUGGGAGAAUGAAGAGCUUAACUACAUAAAAACAGAGGGACAGUCAAAACUUCACAGAGGGGAAAUCAGGUUAAAUUCAGAGCUAGAUAUAGAUGACGCCGUCCUAGAGAAAUUUGCUUUCUCAAAUGCUCUUUGCCUUUCAGUGAAACUGGCUAUCUGGGAGGCAUCGCUGGAUAAAUUUAUUGAAUCUAUUCAGUCGAUUCCAGAGGCUUUAAAAGCUGGGAAGAAAGUGAAACUAUCUCAUGAAGAAGUUAUGCAGAAAAUGGGUGAACUCUUUGCCCUAAGACACCGUAUAAACUUGAGUUCAGACUUCUUGAUCACUCCUGACUUCUACUGGGACCGAGAAAAUCUGGAAGAGCUUUAUGAUAAAACAUGUCGGUUCCUCAGCAUUACUCGCAGAGUUAAGGUCAUGAAUGAAAAGCUUCAGCAUUGCAUGGAGCUAACGGAUCUGAUGCGGAAUCACCUGACGGAGAAGAGGACUCUCCGUCUGGAAUGGAUGAUUGUCAUCCUUAUCACCAUAGAGGUAAUGUUUGAGCUGGGACGAGUAUUUUUUGUGAUUAAGUGAUGACCGAAGGCGAAGUGUUAUUGCAAGAGAUACUCAAGUUCUACAAUCAAAAAUAAAUGCGCAUCUGUUGAGAGAUCUUUUAAUAGGUAUUUAAUUUUUUUAAAUCAAGAACUUGUUAGUGAUCUUUUCAGUUCCUAAAUGUACUGCUGCUUGAAUAAAAAUUAUGAAGAACUUGA